GGUCCAUUUCAACACAUAUUCGCCUAGAAACGAAGAAAAGCCCACCCGGAAUAACCUAAACCUGUCAUGGCUUACAAGAAAAAACAUCUCUCAAUGUUGUUCCUCGCUCGUGUCCUUCUCAUGCUCAUGCAAGAAAUGCCUUGUCUUGCUUCAUCUCAAAGCUCUUCUCAAGUGGCCCCUGCUGGUGCUAGUAACCAAACGAGAAAUGAGGAAGUGGAGGCACUCCUAAAAUGGAAGUCUAAGCUAGACAACGAGAGCCGCUCUGCUUUGUCUUCGUGGAAGGGAAGCAGUCCUCGUUCAUGGCGUGGAAUCAAUUGUGAUUCUUUCGGGAGUGUCACCCGCUUGGAGCUUCCAAGUUCUGCCAUACGCGGUACCAUUCAGCGUCUCAAUUUCUCUCAUUUGCCCAAUUUGGUCAUUCUUAGGCUUCCCGACAACCAGCUCUUCGGGAAUAUCCCUCCGAGCAUUGGCGAUCUUCCCAAGCUUCUUGGUAUUGACUUUUCUCAAAACAAACUUUCGGGAAACAUUCCAACUCAACUUGGAUUGUUGCGUUCUUUAAAAAAUCUCAAGCUUUCGCAUAAUAAUUUUGCCGGUCCAAUUCCUUCUUUCAUUGGAAACAUGAGCAGCUUGGAGUCGAUUGUACUUGACAAUAAUCAACUCAGUGGGCCCAUUCCAAAGGAAAUAGGAAUGUUGGGGUCUGUAUAUACAAUUGAUUUAUCAGAGAAUCAUCUCAUUGGAUCCAUCCCUGCAACUCUAGGAAAUCUGAGUACUUUGGUACAACUUUACCUCUAUGAAAACCAACUUUCUGGUCCCAUACCUUCGGAAGUUGGAGGAAUGAGAACCCUCGUAAAUUUCCAACUGCUAUCUAAUGAUUUAACAGGUCAUAUCCCAUCAUCCAUAGGCAACCUGACCAAUCUAUAUGACCUUAGCCUUUUCAAUAACUCAUUGUCAGGUCCUAUCCCCUCCUCCAUAGGUAAGUUAAGCAAUCUAAGUGUUCUUUCCCUUUUCGAAAAUGAGUUGACAGGCUUUCUUCCCACCGAGAUGAAUAAUCUCACAUCCCUCACAAACCUCCAGCUAGCUUAUAACGACUUUGUUGGCCAAUUGCCACCAGAAAUAUGCAGUAGCCAAGCUCUUGUGUAUUUUGGUGCAUCAGACAAUCAUUUCACUGGAUCCAUCCCAAGAAGCCUGAAAAAUUGUUCAAGUUUGUAUAGAGUUAGGCUUCAAAAAAACUCGCUGAAGGGAGAUAUAACCGAUACUCUUGGUGUGUACCCCUCCUUAAAUUACCUUGAGUUGAGCAACAACGAACUUUACGGUGAGCUACCACCGACAUUGGGUCAAUGUAGAAAUUUGACGAGCUUGAUGAUCUCCAACAAUAAAAUCUCCGGUGCCAUACCACCUCAUCUUGGAAACAUGACUCAAUUGCAGAGACUUGACCUCUCGUCAAAUUAUAUUGUUGGGGAAAUUCCUAAAGACCUGGGAAAAUUGAAGUUGCUGCAAGAGCUUUCGUUGGACUGCAACCUUCUUGCAGGCCACAUCCCUCAAGAACUUGGAGCAUUGUCCAAUUUGCAGAAACUCAACAUUGCAGGAAACAACUUGCGUGGCUCAAUUCCUACCCAACUUGGGGAGGGCUCCAACCUUUUGUUCUUAAAUUUAAGCAGGAAUAAUCUAGAAAAGAGUAUUCCCAUGGAGACCGGGAAUCUUCAUUCUCUUCAACAUCUCGAUCUGAGUCAAAAUUUGCUCACGGGAGAAAUACCAAGACAACUUGAGCUAUUGCACAGAUUAGAAAUACUCAAUCUCUCACACAAUCAGCUAUCGGGUUCAAUUAUGUCGACCUUUCAAUAUAUGACAAGCUUGACAUCCAUCGACAUAUCGUUUAAUGAGUUAGAGGGUCCUUUACCAAACAUUCCAGCCUUUCAUAACACUACAAUUUUAGUUGUGAGAGAGAACAAAGGCUUGUGUGGAGUUAUUGCUGGUCUCAGCUCCUGUACAACAGCAACGUCGAAAGGCAAAAACAAAAACAAAAAGUUCCUGCUAGUUUUGAUUCCUACUUUGGGUUGCCUACUUUCUUUGCUUCUUGUUGUGGGAGCUUCAAGUAUUGGAUGCCGAAGAGUAAGAAAUACAAAGGCUAGUUCGGCUGACGGAAGCAAUGAAAACCUAUGGGCAGUAUGGAGCUUUGAUGGAAGAAUGGUUUAUGAGAGCAUUAUUGAAGCCACGGAGGAGUUUGAUGCCAAAUAUUGCAUCGGUGUGGGAGGACAUGGGAGUGUAUACAAGGCCCACUUGCAAACAGGUGAGAUUGUUGCUGUAAAGAAAUUUAAGGAAGCUGUGGACGUGGAAAUGGCCGGUAGAAAAGCAUUUGAAAGGGAGAUUCAUACUUUGACCGGAACUCGGCAUCGAAAUAUUGUCAAGCUCUAUGGCUUUUGCUCGAGUUCUCAACAUUCGUUUUUGGUGUACGAGUUCUUGGAAUGUGGCAGCUUGAAGGAUUUACUAAACAAUGAAGAGAGGAUAACAACAUUUGACUGGAAUAAGAGAGUGAAUGUUGUUAAAGGUGUGGCACAUGCUUUGUCCUACAUGCACCAUGAAUGCUCUCCUCCUAUGAUUCAUCGAGACGUAUCGAGUAAGAACAUUUUACUGGAUGAAGAAUACGAAGCUCACGUCUCUGAUUUUGGCACGGCUAAAGUUCUAAAACCUUGUUCAUCCAAUUGGACUUCCUUUGCAGGCACCUUUGGAUAUGCAGCUCCAGAACUCGCAUAUACAAUGGAAGUGAAUGAAAAAUGCGAUGUUUAUAGCUUCGGAGUGAUGACAUUGGAAGUACUAAUGGGAAGCCAUCCAGGCAAUCUCAUAUCUUCUCUUGCGUCGUCGUUUUCAUCAUCAUCAAGCAAUUCAACAGCUUCUGCGCCACUGAAAGAAGUUUUAGAUCAAAGAAUUCCGUACCCAGAAGGUAAUGUGCUAGGGGAAGUGGCUUUCAUGACCAAGAUGGCAUUUUCGUGCUUAAGUCCCAGACCAAGGCAUCGUCCAAGCAUGCAACAAGUUUCUCGAACGAUAUCAGCGCGCAUAGCUAGAUUGGGUUGAGCGCAUCUGAGGACAUCAAAUUGGAAGAACUAGUUGGUCCUACAUGCUUCACUUAUUGAGAUAUUUUGGUCUUUCUGUUGUAGCCCGUGGAGUAAGCCGUCUCCUUUACUUUAUUUAUCUUAGUUAAUUCCAUUAUCUAUUUUUGGAAUGGUUCA